AUGUCUCGAUCCCGCCAUGCAAGACCUUCCAGAUUAGUCAGGAGGGAAGAUCUAAACAGAAAGAAAAGCAGCCAACUGAAGAAGCCAUCUAAGGCAACCAACAAAAAUGUGGCAUCAGUCAAGACUGUGAGCCCUGGAAAAUUAAAGCAAUUAAUUCAAGAAAGAGAUGUUAAGAAAAAAAUAGAGUCCAAACCACCUAUGCCAGUCAGAAGCCUUCUGACAAGGGCUGGAGCAGCACGAAUGAAUUUGGAUAGGACUGAGGUUCUUUUUCAGAACCCAGAAUCCUUAACUUGCAAUGGGUUUACAAUGGCUCUCCGAAGCACCUCUCUUAGCAGACGACUCUCCCAACCUCCGGUGAUCAUAGCCAAACCCAAGAAAGUUCCACCUCCGAAGAAUUUAGAAAAGCAACAUGAAUGUGAUUAUAAUGUAGUUACUGACAUGGGAGUAAAACACUCAGAAAAUGAUUCUGUUUCAACACAAGUCCCCCUAAUUGCUUCCGAUAUAGAGAAUCUAAUUGGUGUACAAAAUGCAUCUUUAUUUAAAGGUGAGAGCCAAGAGACAACCCAGUCUUGGUCCCAGAGGGUGGAGGGUUCCAAAGUAAAUGUCUCCACUCAGAGUGAUCCUAUAGUAGAGAUCGUUUCUGGGUCAUCAGAAGAGACACGUGGUGGUGAAGGACUAUUCUCUAAAGAGACUUUGAAUGAUAUCAACGAUUCCCCUAGAAUGUUUGCUCAGGACACUCUGUGUGCUCCUUUGCUCCAAAGAGCAGCCCUCAAGGUUACUUAUGAAGGAAACUCCAGCAUUCAGUUAGAAGAUUUGGGUUCACGAGUAGAAUCUCUUAAGCUGUCUGAUUCUUACCUGGAUCCCAUCAAAAGUGAACGUAAUUGCUACCCCACCUCAAGCUUUAAUAAGGUUGUACCUGAAUUGGACCUUAGAAACUGUUUGUCCAUUGGUGGGUCCAUAUAUCCUACCUCAUUAAUAAAACUCCUCUUGGCGAGCUCAGAACAAGAAGCCCUUGGUGCUAAACCGGAUCAUCAAGAGGUACUCAAAGCUACCCCAGAUCAACCAGAAAUUCCUAAUACCACCCCUGUCAUAGGACAGGCUUUUAGUGCUGUCCCACAUCAAUGGGAAGUUCCUGGUGCUAACAUAAUUCAUGGAGAGGCUCUGGAUGAGACCCCAGACCCACCAGAGAUGCCUGGUGCUGUUCCAGUCCAAGGAGAGGUCUUUGGUUCUAUCCUAGACCAACAAAUCCUUGGAAUGGGUGGUGGUACUGCCUCCGACCCACCUAUCUUUCUUCCUGCUCCUCUAAACCCAAUUGCUACCUAUAAUGCUCUCCCAGAAUGGCCUGAGCCCCAGAGCACUGUUUCAUAUGGGCUUGAGGUCCACGGCGCUGUGCAGAUUUUGCCCUUGGGCUCUGGUCACACUCCUCAGGCAUCAUCAAACUCAGAGAUAAGUUCGGUACCUCCAAUAAUGACUAUUAGCAAUAUAGAAAAUGAGAAGCAAGUUCAUAUAAGCUUUCUGCCAGCUAACACUCAGGGGGUCCCGUUAGCCCCUGAGCGAGGACUCUUCCAUGCUUCCCAGGGCAUUACCCAACUUUCCCAGGCUGGUCCCAGCCCAUUGGAAGGUGGGAGCUCCCAGAUCGGCAUGACCAGCGUGGCUGACCUCAACACCACAGUGGUGUCCAGACCAGUGUCACUCGCCAGUACCUCUUCUUCCUAUACAACUUUGCUACCUACUUUGGAAAAGAAGAAACGAAAGCGGUGUGGGGUCUGUGAGCCCUGCCAACAGAAGACCAAUUGUGGUGAAUGUACUUACUGCAAGAACAGAAAGAACAGCCAUCAGAUCUGUAAGAAAAGGAAAUGUGAGGAGCUGAAAAAGAAACCAUCCAUCAUCGUGCCUUUGGAGGUUAUAAAAGAAAACAAGAGGCCCCAGAGGGAAAAGAAGCCCAAAGUUUUAAAGGCAGAUUUUGUCAACAAACUAGUAAAUGGCCCCAAGUCAGAAUCCAUGGAAUACAGGAGGAGCUAUGGGGGGGAACAGAGAUUGGAAUUAAACCCACCUCCUCUCGAAAAUGUGACUAAAAAUGAAGAAAGUAUGACAGGUAUUGAAGUGGAGAAGUGGACGCAAAACAAGAAAUCACAUUUAACCGAUCAUGUCAAAGGUGAAUUUAAGGCAAUUGUGACAGAAGCUGAAAAAUUAAAAAAUGCUGAAGAUGACAGGAAAAAAGUCCUACUUACUGAUUUAAUUGAGCCUCAGAAAUUGUUUGCACAAACCGUAAGAAAUGGCAUUAAAAAUGUACACUAUUUACCAACCGAAACAAAUGUGUCUUUUAAAAAAUUCAAUAUUGAAGAAUUUGGCAAGGCAUUUGAAAACAACUCCUGUAAAUUCCUGAAAGACACUGCCAACCAUAAUGCCAUGAGUUCUAUUGCCACUAGUGCGAGCUGUGAUCAUCUCAAAGGAAGAAGUAAUGUUUCAGUCUUCCAGAAAUCUGGCUUUAACUGCAAGUCUUUUCCAGAUCCUGCAACUUUCAACUUAAAUAGUCAUACUAGUACACACAAUGAAAGUGAUCAACCCAAAUCUCUGGAAAAUAUACCAAGUAAAGAACCAAAAGAUGGUUCUCCAGUUCAACCAAGUCUUCUAUCCCUAAUGAAAGAUAGGAGACUAACGCUGGAGCAAGUCGUGGCCAUAGAAGCUCUCACCCAACUGUCAGAAGCCCCAUCAGAAAAUUCCUCACCAUCAAAGUCAGAGAAGGAUGAAGAAACAGAACACAGAACAGCGAGUUUGCUUAAUAGCUGUAAAGCUAUCCUCUAUUCUGUACGAAAAGACCUCCAAGACCCAAACUUACAAGGGGUGCCAGAAAGCCUUCAUCACUAUCCAUCUUUGGAAAAGCAGAGUUCAUGCAACACGGUGGUAUUCAAUGGGCAAAACAUUUCCAAGUCACACAACAGCUCAGCUGCUAACCAGACAACUUCAAAAUCGCAGGAAUAUUCAAAAGUCACAAAUUCAGUCCCUCAUUUCAUACCAAAUUCAAAUUCAUCUAAAAUUGACACCAGUAAAAAUGUUGCUCAAGGUAGAAUUACUCUUGAUAGUUCUAAGAAUUUGCAUCAGUUGCCACCAACAGGUGAUAAAUUGGGGCAUUGUAAUCAGUCACUGGCCAGCAGUAAAAAGAUAGACCUAAAAGAUGAUCCAUCGUGUCUGAAUACAAUACACAGCAAAAUAGAGGAGGACGUUGCAACGCAGUUAACACAACUUGCGUCAAUAAUUAAAUUCAAUUACAUAAAACAAGAAGACAAAAAGGUUGAAAGUACACCAACAAGCCUUGUUGCAUAUAAUGUACAGCAAAAGUGUAGUCAGGAGAAGGUCACAAUACAACAGAAACAAUCUUCCAGUGUACAAAAUAACCAUAGCUCAUCAUUGACAAAGCAAAAGAACACAACACAGAAAAAGACAAGAGCUACCCCAUCAAGAGAUCGGCGGAAAAAGAAGCCUGUAGUCAUAAGUUGUCAAGAAAAUGACCAGAAAAAACAGGAACAGUUGUCAUAUGAGUAUAGUAAGUUACAUGACAUUUGGAUAGCAUCUAAGUUUCAAAGAUUUGGUCAAUUUGGUCCACAUGAUUUUCCCAUUCUGUUGGGGAAAAUUCCUCCCCUAACCAAAGUAUGGAAACCACUGACUCGAAGGAGUUCAGCAUUAGAACACAAAAAAUUAUUUCCUCCACUCACUCAGAUAAAAUUUGAGCGUUAUUAUCCCGAAUUAGCACAGGAAAGAAACAUGAAGGUUGAACCGUUGGAUUCUCUCCCAGUAUGCCAGUUAAAAACAGAAUCCAGUGGGCAGGCGUUUACAGAAAAAGUUUAUCAUUCUCAGGUACAGCCAACAGUGAAUGUCAAUCAGAAAGCUCACCCUUUAUUCCAGCCCUCCUCUCCUAACCAGUGUGCUAACGUAAUGGCUGGCAAUGACCAAACACAGAUCCAGGGGGAUGUUCAAGACCAACUCAUGCAUCAGAAACUGUCAACAUUGCCUGGUAUCUCCCAUGAAACCCCUUUACCAGACCCAGCACAAAUUCUCAGGAAUGUCAAUGUAGUAUGUUCAGGUGGGAUUACCGUGGUUUCGACGAAGAGCGAAGAGGACAUCUGUUCAUCUAGUGUUGGAGCAUCAGAAUUUUCCCCGGUAGACAGUGCACAGAAAAGUUUUAAUGAUUAUGCCAUGAACUUCUUUACCAAUCCUACAAAAAACCUGGUGUCCACCACGAAAGAUUCUGAAUUGCCAACUUGCAACUGUCUCGAUCGAGUUAUACAAAAAGACAAAGGCCCAUAUUAUACACACCUUGGGGCAGGACCAAGUGUUGCUGCUGUCAGGGAAAUCAUGGAGAAUAGGUAUGGUCAAAAAGGAAAUGCAGUAAGAAUAGAAAUUGUAGUGUACACGGGAAAAGAAGGAAAAAGCUCUCAUGGGUGUCCAAUUGCUAAGUGGGUUUUAAGAAGAGGCAGCGAUGAAGAGAAAGUUCUUUGUUUGGUCCGGCAACGUACGGGCCAUCACUGUCAAACAGCUGUGAUGGUGGUUCUCAUUAUGGUAUGGGACGGCAUUCCUCUGCCCAUGGCAGACAGAUUGUACACGGAGCUUACGGAAAACCUAAAGUCAUACAAUGGUCAUCCCACAGACCGAAGAUGCACGCUCAAUGAAAAUCGUACCUGUACAUGUCAAGGAAUUGAUCCAGAGACCUGUGGAGCUUCAUUCUCUUUUGGCUGUUCAUGGAGUAUGUAUUUCAAUGGAUGUAAAUUUGGUAGAAGCCCAAGCCCUAGAAGAUUUAGAAUUGAUCCAAGCUCUCCCUUACACGAGAAAAACCUUGAAGAUAAUUUACAGAGUUUGGCUACACGAUUAGCUCCAAUUUAUAAGCAGUAUGCUCCCGUUGCUUAUCAAAACCAGGUAGAAUACGAACAUGUGGCCCGAGAAUGUCGGCUUGGCAGCAAAGAAGGGCGUCCUUUCUCUGGAGUCACCGCUUGCCUCGACUUCUGUGCCCAUCCUCAUAGGGACAUUCACAACAUGAAUAAUGGAAGCACUGUGGUUUGUACUUUAACAAGAGAAGAUAACCGCUCCUUGGGGGUUAUCCCUCAGGAUGAGCAACUCCACGUUCUACCGCUCUACAAACUCUCGGACACAGAUGAGUUUGGCUCUAGCGAAGGAAUGGAAGCCAAGAUCCAGUCUGGGGCCAUUGAGGUGCUCGCUCCCCGCCGUAAAAAAAGAACACGUUUUACCCAGCCAGUUCCUCGUUCUGGGAAGAAGAGGGCAGCAAUGAUGACAGAAGUUCUCGCACAUAAGAUAAGAGCUGUGGAGAAGAAAUUCAUUCCUCGGAUCAAGCGCAAGAAUCACGGGACAACAAACAGUAGCAAGGCUUCCUCGCUGCCGCUUUUAGGGAAUAAAACCGAAGCCUUGCAACUUGAAAUAAAAAGUGAAACUGAACCCCAUUUUAUCUUCAAAGGUUCGGACAACACUAAAACCUACUCAUUGACCCCAUCCAUUCCUCACCCAUUGAAAGAGGCAAACAUACCUCCAGGUUUCUCUUGGUCCCCUAAGACGGCGUCAGCCACCACAGCUCCUUGUAAGAGUGAUGCGUCCGUUCCCUACGGGUUUUCAGAAAGAAGUAGCAAUCCCCACUGCACGGUGCCUUCUGCGAGACACAGCGGUGCUAAUGCAGCUGCGGGGGAAUGCACUGGAAUUGCACAGCCUGGCGAAGUGGUUUCUCUGCCCACGCUGCCCGCUCCCGUGGCAGACACCCUGGUUUAUUCUGAGCCGCCCACUGGUCCGUCUGAACAGCCACCUUCCAAUCACCCAAGCCAGCAGCCCCCCUGCCCCACUUGUCCCCAUGACCUGGCGUCCUCUCUAGUGGAAGAAGACGAGCCGCAUUCUGAUGCCGACGAGCCUCUGUCCGACGACCCCCUGUCCGACGACCCCCUGUCCCCCGCGGAGGAGAAGCUGCCCCACAUCGAUGAGUAUUGGUCAGACAGCGAGCACAUCUUCCUGGACGCCAACAUCGGUGGGGUCGCGAUAGCGCCUGCCCACGGCUCGGUUCUGAUCGAGUGUGCGCGGCGGGAGCUUCACGCCACCACGCCCGUCGAGCACCCGAACCGGAAUCACCCCACUCGCCUCUCCCUUGUUUUCUACCAGCACAAAAACCUGAAUAAGCCCCAACACGGUUUUGAACUAAACAAAAUUAAGUUUGAGGCUAAAGAAGCUAAGAAUAAGAAAAUGAAGGCCUCGGAGCAGAAAGACCAGGCAGCUAAUGAGGGUCCCGAACUGUCCCCUGAAGUUAAUGAGUUGAACCAAAUUCCUUCUCAUAAAGCGUUAACAUUAACCCAUGACAAUAUUGUCACCGUGUCCCCUUAUGCUCUCACACAUGUUGCAGGACCCUAUAACCAUUGGGUCUGAAGGCUUUUCUC